CUUCGUGCAAAUCGCGUCGAUGUGACACGAGCCAAACGACUGCACCGGAUUGGUCGGCGGUGCACGGGUUCCUGACUCCCACCCUCUCCACCGGGACAUCGUUGAUACUCGACGAGACGAAUAUAAAGCCCCCCGGUACCCUCGAUAUUUAAUGCGCCACGAGUUGUUUUCGUUAUACAAUCGUCUUCGCACCUGGCCAUUCUUGCAUCAUGCGUUUCUUCGCUAUUACCGCGUUAUUUGCGGGCUCUAGCGCAGCACUCUACAUCCCCGAAGUUUCGGAAGCUCUGCAGAACAUUCUGAAGAAGACGGAUAAGUCCGACAAGUACAAAUAUCCCACAGAGUUUACCCGCGAGAUCUUUCCGAAACCGUUCCAUAGUCAUAAUGAUUACUGGCGCGAUGUGCCAUUCUACUCUGGUCUAUCAUACGGUGCUGUCUCGAUCGAGGCAGAUGUGUAUCUAAUCGAUGGCACGCUAUAUGUCGGACAUGAACACGCUGCGCUCACGAAGAAGCGCACACUAGAUUCUCUCUACAUCCAGCCUAUCCUAGAUACCCUGAAGCGUCAAAACCCAUCUACCCCCUUCACGCAACCUGAUGAGCAAAAUGGCGUCUUCGACACUGCAAGCUCGCAAACCCUCUACUUAUUCAUCGACCUCAAGACCCCAGCAAAUGUAACGUGGCCCGCCGUCCUCUCUGCCCUGGAGCCACUCCGAAGCGGCAAGUGGCUGUCGACAUAUGACGGCAAAAAGUUCCAGACAAAGCCCAUCACCGUGAUCGGAACCGGCAAUACGCAACUCGCGGAUGUGCAGAACUACCUGCCUCGCGACGUCUUCUUGGAUGGACCGCUUGCGAAACUCAACACCACUGAAUAUGCCAAUCUCACCGCCAACGAGUCUCCCAUUGCAUCGACGAACUUUGAGGAAUCCUUUGGUGUGGUGAAGAAGCGCGAGUUCAACGUGACACAGCUGGAUAUCUUGAAGCAGCAGGUUGAGACCGCGCACAAAAAGGGCAUCAAGACCAGGUAUUGGAAUCAGCCCAACUAUCCGGUCGGAACGAGGAAUGCCGUGUGGAGAACCUUGUGGGAUGGAGGUGUUGACUUGUUGAAUGUGGAUGACUUGAAAGCGGCGGCUGAGUUCUGGGAGGGCGCUGGUUGAUUACGUAGACAUUACCGUUGGGUAUAAUGGAGGGCCUUGAGAUGGAAAUGGAGGGGCCAGAUGAUUAGUCGCGACAAGAUGCAAAGGUUCCUGCCUCAAAUUUGGCCAUGUUAUAAUUAGAUGUGACUUCUAGUGCGGCCGAGAGGGAUUUUUCAUAAGUAAAGUGUGGCAUCUUGCACUUCGCGUUCCAGAGAACACAGUAUUGGUACUUUCAGACUGUGUAUAUCUGGGAAACUCCAUCUCCCAGAUCAAGAUCUGCAAACCUGCCGCUGACCCGCACAAUUUCCGAGUGUCACGAGAGCCGGGAAUUUUGGUAGCUAAAGAAGC